UCCCACUUCCAAACCUUCCAACCUAUCUUCUUGUAAACCCAUCCAGAACCUCCACCUCUGACACCAUGGUCAGCUCCUGCUGUGGCUCUGUCUGCUCUGAGGAGGGCUGUGGUCAAAGCUGCUGCCAGCCCAGCUGCUGCCAAACCACCUGCUGCCGCCCCAGCUGCUGUGUGUCCAGCUGCUGCAGACCCAGCUGCUGCCGCCCCAGCUGCUGUGUAUCCAGCUGCUGCAGGCCUCAGUGCUGCCAGUCUGUGUGCUGCCAGCCCACUUGUUGCCGUCCUAGCUGCUGCAUUUCCAGCUGCUGCAGGCCCAGCUGCUGCCGCCCCAGCUGUUGUGUGUCCAGCUGCUGCAGGCCCCAGUGCUGCCAGUCUGUGUGCUGCCAGCCUACCUGCUGCCGCCCCAGCUGUUGCCGCCCUUGCUGUGGUAGUUCCAGCUGUUGUGUGUCCAGCUGUUGCAGACCCCAGUGCUGCAUCUCCAGCUGUUGUCGCCCCAUCUGUUGCCAGACCACCUGCUGCAGGACCACUUGCUGCCGCCCAGCCUGUUCUAGUGGUUCUUGCUGCUGAGCACCUUCAUCCAGUCUCCUGCUCGUCAUCACACAUAGUUCCUAAUGUAGUCCAUGUGUGUUCUGAGUCCCAAGAGGCUCAUUCUAAAGCCUCUGAUACAAAUGAGAUUGAUUUGGACAACAACUAUUUGCCACACUCCAGCCUGCUUAGUAUCUGUUUAAAAUGAACACAUUUGAGCAUUCUAAUCUCUCAUAAAAUGUGUUCUGUGCUAUAUUAAAAAAACAAACAUCCUAAUAAUAAAUUAAAAGUUUAAAGG